AUGCGCGUACGGCCAGCGUUGAGCUGGCUACCGCGCAGCUACUCGACAGCUGCCGUGCGGCUACCGACGCUCGAGGACCUCUACUUGAAGAAGGGUGACAAUGGUGACGUUCUGCGCGAGCUGCCGCUCAACCUCUCGGUCCUGUUCAUGCGCAACUGGGACCCGCUGCUCUCUGAAAACGCCGACGAGCUUCCUCUGUCUCUUUCGUACGGAACGCCAGCGACGCACUCGCCUUGCUCGUGGGAGCGGGACUGGGAAGACGUCAAGCGCGUUUGCAAGCACGUCGGCAUCCCGCAGUCGGACAUCCGGCUCGUCGACCUGUCGAAAGAGUACUGGACACGAGUGUUCGAGCCUGCGAUUGCAGUGUGGGAGGCGGGCCAGACCCCGAAUCCAGACCUGACAUUAGGCCACUACGCUCGCGUUAAGCGGUCUCCCGACGGCGCAACUCUGCACCGCGCGCUCGACGCCAACAAGGACCAGACAUACUACCUGAGCCAGGUGCGCGAGGAGCAGCUUGCCAAGGCUGUAUUCCCUCUCGCCGGAAUCCCGAAACCGAGCGUCCGCGACCUCGCACGUCACUUUAAUCUUCCGACGGCCGAGCGCGAAGAGAGCAUGGGCGUCUGCUUCAUCGGCGAGAGGGGCAAGUUUGGCGACUUUGUCUCGCAGUACACCUCGCUGGCGGAGCCGGGAUACUUUGUCAACCUCGAGGGCGAGCGCAUGGCGCCGCAUCGCGGCAACUGCUACUACACGAUUGGGCAGCGGCCACGACUCGGCGGACUUCCGGGCGGGCGGUGGUACAUUGCGCGGAAACACGUCAACGGCAACGACAUCCUCCUGGUGCAGGGGGCGGACCACCCGGCUCUCUACUGCGAGCAGCUGUGGUCGAGCGACUUCAACUGGAUCGCUGGCCACCCGCCAGAACACAUUGACAACGCUUUGAUUCAGAUCCGGCAUCGCAUGGAGCCGGUCCCGGGACGCGUGUCGGUCGAGGGAAGGGUCAGGGUGGACUUUGACAAGCCCGUCGGCGCCGUCGCCGAGGGCCAGAUUGUCGGCGUGUGGGACGGCGACCGCUGCCUCGGGAGCGGCGUCAUCGAGGAGACCAAGACGAGUGCAUAG